AUGUCCCAACCUAACGGCGGCCACGACAUGGCCAGAAUGCAUACCAAUGACAUCGAGGUUGGUGUCUCGGACGCCCUUCAGCGUCACAUUACGAGGCACGUGGUACCCCCCAAGCCGGUGUCGCAGCGCAAACUCAACUUUGAGCACAAGCGACCUCGCAUCCUGCGUGAGAUGAUGGCCGAAGCCACUGGUGUAUUCUUCUACGUCUUCCCCGGGAUCGCCUCGGUGGCGUCCUUCACGCUGGCCACGACCAAUCCGGUGGCUGGGCAGAUCGGUGUGAGCAUCUUUGGAUCUCUCUUCCAGAUCGGCUGGGCAUUUGCCAUCGGCAUCGCUUUCGCCAUCAUUACAUGUGCUCCAAUUUCCGGUGGCCACUUCAACCCGGCCAUCACCAUUUGCUUCGCGAUCUGGCAAGGGUUUCCCUGGAAGAAAGUGCCGCAUUACAUCUUUGCACAGAUCUUUGGCUCCUUCAUGGCCGGCUUGCUGUUGGUGGGUUGCUACUGGCCUCAGAUCUCGGCCGCCAAGGAAAUCGACCUCCGUGAGCACGGCACCUCGGUGUACAACGGCGGCGUGGCCAGCAUCCUCUGCCCGUUCCCCAACCCGGACCAGACCAACCAGGGUUACUUGUUCAUGCAAGAGUGGUUCGUCGACAGCUACAUCGGCAUCGUCAUCUGGACGUGCCUGGACCCGGCCAACCCGUUCGUCAGCGCCGUGUCGGUCCCCUUUACGAUCGGCAUCGCGUACGCGACCAUGGUCUGGGGUUUCGCGGGCAACACCAUCUCCACGAACCUGGCCAGGGACCUGGGCACGCGGAUGGUCGCCGCCAUCUUCUUCGGCAAGGAGGCCUUCACCUUUGACAACGGCUACCCCUGGAUCAGCAUCCUCGUCAACGUCCCCGCCACCAUCUUCGCCACGGGCUACUACGAGUUCCUCAUGCGGGACAGCCUGCAGAAGAUACACAGUGGGCACGCCGAGCACGCCGAGGGCGAGGAGGGCCUGAAGCGGCACGUGAGCCGCAUCACGGGCGUGAAUCUUGCCGCCGACCAUAUCGACGAGGACCCCUGGCAGACGAAUCAAGGUGCCAUGAAUGCCGCCGGCGAGAAUGGCGUUCGAAGCAAGCAGUUCUGA